AUGAGUAACAAGAACAACAUGAAUGGCCAUUGCAGUAGUAGUAGUAGGAGCACCACUAGUACCACCACUCAUUCCCUCUGGUCAUCAAUAACACCACCACCACCUCUCCACAAACGAAGUAGUACAUCCUCUCCAUCUCCGACAUCCUCCUCUUUUCUAUCCACCUUCUCAAUGAAUUGGAGUGGUGGGAAUGUUAGUGGUGGGAAUGUUAGUGGUGGGAAUGUUAGUGGUGGUGGUUUGAGUGGUGGUACUGCUACUCCUUCAACUAUUUCUCCUAAUACUACUAUUUCUCCUACUACUCCUACUCCUUCUACUACCACAACGACGACAUGGAUAUUUCAACAACCCAACCAUAACAACCUCCUCAUUCAGCCUCUCCUUUCUUUCUUUCGUCAUUAUAUUUAUUCCGAUGAUCAAACCAAACAUUUAUUUUAUUUCAUUCUUGUGAAUAUUCUAUUCAUGAUCAUUGAAUUAGUAUUUGGAAUUUAUAAUAAUUCUCUAGGAUUAAUUUCAGAUAGUGCACACAUGUUCUUUGAUUGUACAGCUCUUGUUAUUGGUUUAUAUGGAUCCAUCAUGUCAAAAUGGAAAUCAAAUCAAAUUUAUUCCUAUGGAUAUGUGAGAUAUGAGUAUUUGAGUGGAUUUAUUAAUGGAAUAUUACUAGUAUUUAUUUCUAUUUAUAUUUUAUUGGAGAGUAUUCAUCGAUUGAUUGAUCCUCCAAUUGUACAUACUCAACAAUUAUUGUUAGUGAGUGUUAUGGGAUUUGCAGUGAAUAUGUAUGGAGUGAUUUUUUAUCAUCAAGAUCAUUAUGGUUGUAAUGGUCAUAGUCAUAAUAGCAGUCAUUGUAGUAGUUAUAGUCAUAAUAAUAGUAGCACCACCACUCUCCAUGAAGAAUCCUCUUCUUGUGAAAAUGAAAUGAAUCAUAAUGAGAGACAGACCAUGAAUUCCUCUUCUCCAUCAUCAACAACAACACAUUCGGAACAACAUUUCGAGUGUUCUCAUCAUCACCACGAUGAAAAUCUGUAUGGUGUCUAUUUGCACAUGAUUGCAGAUGCUCUUGGAAGUAUUGGUGUCAUUACAUCCACUCUCAUUGUACAAUAUCUUGGAUGGUAUAUUGCUGAUCCCAUUUGUUCUUUAAUUAUUUCUGUCAUGAUUCUCUAUACAAGUAUUCCAUUAAUCACAAAUUCGAGUCGAGUUCUAUUACAGAGAACACCCAUUCAACACGAACAUAAAAUUAACGAAUGUGUAAAAGAGGUUUUGCAAUUAGAAGGAGUGGUUCAAGUUAGAAAUUUACAUUUUUGGGUUUUGAAAUCAAAUUUAAAUGUUGGAAGUUGUAAAGUAUUGAUUAGCAACCAAAGUAAUGAGCAAACGAUAUUGAAACAAGUCACAAAUAUAUUUAGAAAUUAUAGAUGCAAUCUCGAUAUGACCAUUGAAGUUGAAAAAGAUCCACUUCAAGUGAUGGCGCAUUCCGAACAUUCGCAUCAUGAAUGA